AUGGCGCAAAUUCCCACUCCUCCUGCGUCUCGCCAUGGUUCGGAAUCACCCGAAACCGAGCACAAACAGCCUCCGGGAGUUGACUCUUCAGGCUUAUUGCGGUCGCUGGACGCUCUUCUCGAACGGUAUCUCCAUCUCUUAGAUCGUCAUCAGAAAUUACAAGCCGAACUUGCCACAACUCUAUCUUCGGGGUUUCUCUCACUCGCUCAAGCCAACUACACUUGCCCCCCAGGCCGGAGAUAUGGAGCAGACUACUACGAUGAACGUAUGAAAGCAACAAGAAGGGUGGCGUUCAACGCUAAUGAACGAGGUGUCAUCAGGGAACUAGAACUCCCUCCAUCCUCGACCAAAGAUGUCGAGGCAUCUAGUGUGGGUGAAUCGUCCGAUGAAUUUACCAAGCGUGGCGACUAUGGUCGCAUCUUUACUAUAAAACAAGCUACAGGUGGUAGUGCAGAGGAACCCUCUGAGUGGAUUGGAGGAGAGAGCCAAUCUCACUCGAGUAAUGCGUCCACACUGGAAUGUGAGGGUCCUGAGAGGAAGCGUGACCCUAAGGCUGGGGAUUCCACAACAUCAUCGGAUAACCCUGGGGCGCAAGAGCCGGCAGAGACAAAGCUAGAUCUUCGGGGAAGAAGCCCCGUUCUUCCGACCCCAUUAGAUGGGGGUCCCUUGCCUGAGCUGGCGAGUGUGAUGGUCGAGAUGCAGGCUGUGGAAAAGGAAGUGAAACGUGUGCGCGAGAAGAUAGACCAAGCAUGA